GUGGCUUAGGAAGUAGGACUCUAUAUUCAUUCGAUAUCCAACUCUCUGACCAGUCGUUUCGGCCUCUAAAAUUUCCUAAAUUCCAAAUUAUAUUUCGAAAUUAUUCAACCAAAAUACGCUAAAAAGAACUCAACAUGUGCAACGGAUGUGGAUGCUGUGGACCCUGUAAUGAAACCCCCUGCUGUGGCCCGCACAGUCCCCCCUGCGGCGCUCCGUCGCCCAUUCCGUGUUCUCCUGCCCCGGGCAUGUGCUGCCCCCCGCUCCCCGAAGGCGGCAUUCCCGAUCCGCGUGUCUGGAACUACUACAACACGCCCGUGACGUACCCAUGUGGAUUUUAAGUGGCUCCGGAAAAGUCUUGACGUCGGACACGUUGGGUGCCGCAUUUUGGUUGGAGUCUCUUUCGAAACCAGCUUCAAUCGAGAUGAAGAACGCCAAGCUGCUGAUUUUCCGAUUGAAGCGCCCCAUCAUUUGGCACAAUUUUUGACUGUAGAUUAAUUAAAUUAAAAUAAACCAUAAACCAUUUAAAAGUUCAA